CAUAAAACCUUCACCCCGCACGCGCGUUUGCUUUGAAUUUUAAAUCGAGCACACUAAGUAGCGUACACGCACGCCCACGUCUCGUUCGAGAAACGCCCAGUUGAUGGCGGUAGUGUAAAGAGCGCAGACCCUCGUUACCUAAAGCGAACGUGUUUAUCUUUUAGGUAUGUGUUAGUGUAAUUUUAUUUACAAGGCGACAGUUAACAACAACAACAACAGUAACCUCAAAGCGCUUUAUGAUGUCAGUUUAAAUAGUAUAUCAGAGAAUGGCAUAUGAGCAGCACUUGAUAAUGUGCUAUUAUUGUGUGUUAUUAAAUUGAAUUAUCAGUAAAAAGAAGAUUCUGCUCAACUUUCAAUUCACUGGACUGGCUACUGCCACAUUAGUGAGGACUGUGGAACAGCUCAGAGUCGGUUUGAUAUGAAUUUUUUUUCUCACAUGUUUGCACUGACUUGCUCACUAUCGCUCAGGUUACCGAUUGGAAAAUCUUGCACACAAAGGCCGUUUGUCUUUUUAAAGGAUAAUCGAAACUUUUGGGCUUUCUAAAAUGGCAUCAGUGAUACAUCAAUUCAAAAUACAAUGUAUGUGGAAUUCAUUCUCAGUUGUUUUGUGGCUUCAAAAAGGUCUACAUUAUUAAAGCACUGCAAAUUCUUCAAUUUCACUGCUCAUGUAUAGAAUAAUAAUAAAUAUCACUAUUUUAUUUUCACUUCUUUCUUUCUAUUCUUUUUAUUGAAACGCCACUAACUAUGGGGACAUCCAGCAGUGUCAUUGAUGGCUUACUUUAUGUUGCAAUUAAUUGCAACAAUUUUGAGCCAGCACAUUGAGCUUCGAUAUGAUGAAAGAAUAGUUACUGAACGAUGUUUCAGUCUCACCGACCCGCAUUUGUCUAACGUGUGCCGCACUUCACAGUUUCACUUCAAGCUGAAGGCUCUGCCUCCAAUACUGCUUUUAGAAACUCUGAUGAACACCACAAGCAGCCCGCAGUCUGAGAGAGGAGCGUUAUUUUACAGUCGUUAGACUUUGCAUAUAUAGUGAUGUCUAAUGUUGCUCGUUUCUUGUGGUCCACAUUCUCACUUGUCUUUUCCAUUUACAAAAAAAUAAUCACAAAUUUUAUUUCUCCCGUCUUUUCUUGGGACUCUAAACGCAGCACUUGGCUGGCACAAAUCCCCGUUCGCUAAUCGCUUCUCAUCAGAUCGUCGGGAUUCAGACGUCAUGCUUUCAUCCGUCAGAGGUAACGGAGCAUAACGUGAAUCCGCAGUCCGGGGAACAAACAUACAGACAUCCUCAUCAUCAUCACCAGCAGCAGCAGCUAGCUCAGUGAUGAUGAACAUGGAUUUAAGUACCGUUAUAGAGGAGAUGGAGACGGGCGACCAAGACUCGGCUCUGACGGCUUUACAGAGCUACAACAAGCAGAUGAACCAGUGCUUUACAUUCAACAGGGAUGAGCAGAAGGACAGAGAGGAAGGAAAGUUACAAAAGCAUCUGGGGGAGUUAGUGCUCGGUUUCCUGGACCGGGAGUUGCAGCCUUCCUGUCUGCUGGCCUGUCUGGAAACGGUUCGAAUCCUGUCCAGAGAUAAAAAUUGCCUGGACCCAUUCACCAACCAAUUCGCCAUGUCCACUCUUGCCCGCUAUGCUAGCAUUGCUGUGGACAGUGCUACCACACCUGCCCACAGCCAGUCAGUGGAUGGCCAAGAAGAGGAUGCGGGAGGAGACGAGGAAGAGACGGGACUAUGUAGUAAAGUGCUGAAAGAAUCUUCCCCUCCUUCAGAAAAUCCUGACCAGGAAGUGAUUGUUGAGGCACUCAAGUCCAUCUGCAACAUCCUGCUGCACAAUGAGACAGGACAGAUGGUAGCAGCAGAUCUGCAGCUGAUUAAAGGUGUUGCAGAGAGAUUGAAACAGUGUCAUGAUCCUACUUGGAACUAUGAGGUACGUUUCUUUGACUUGCGCCUAACCUUCCUGCUGACUGCCCUAAGAGUGGAUGUCAGGGCACAGCUGGCUCAGGAGCUUCAUGGUGUCAGCCUUCUAGGAAACCACUUGGAAGCCACACUGGGUCUAUGCUGCUCAGGGACCCUGGAGACAGCAAGAGCAGGUUUUGAAGGCAUCCCGACCGAAGAGCUGCCCCCACUGAGCCGGCAGCAGACAGAACUAGCUAUGGAGAUACUGAAAAUACUAUUCAACAUCACGUUUGACAUAAACAGACGCAAAGUUGAUGAGGAAGAGGCAGCUGUGUACAGACAUUUGGGAGCCAUACUGAGGCACUGUCUAAUGAGCCACGCUGAUGGAGAGGAGCGGACUGAAGAGUUUCACAGCCAUACUGUGAAUUUACUAGGUAACCUCCCUCUGCCUUGUUUGGAUGUAUUAUUGAUGCCCAAGGUGCAGCAAGGUUCCAUUGAAUAUAUGGGUGUCAACAUGGAUGCUGUGAACACGCUGCUAAAAUUCAUGGAGAAAAGACUUGACCGGGGUCAUAAGCUGAAGGAGACCCUUCUUCCAUCUCUGAACUUGUUGACCGAGAGUGCCCGUAUCCACAGAGAGACCAGGAAGUUCCUCAGGUCAAAAGUGCUGCCACCACUACGUGAUGUGAAAAACCGGCCAGAGGUGGGCAACACGCUGAGGAAUAAAAUAGUCCGCCUUAUGACCCUCAUUGACACUGACGUCAAGGACUGUGCGGCUGAAUUCCUCUUUGUUCUCUGCAAAGAAAGUGUUUCAAGGUUCAUUAAGUAUACUGGAUACGGCAAUGCUGCAGGCCUGCUGGCUGCCAGAGGACUGCUUAGAGGAGGUAAAGACCCUGGAAUCUACUCCGAGGAUGAGGACUCUGAGACAGAAGAGUACAGAGAGGCCAAAGCCCAAAUCAACCCAAUAACAGGAGUUGUAGAAGAGGAGCAGCCCAAUCCCAUGGAAGGAAUGACAGAAGAGCAAAAGGAAUAUGAAGCCAUGAAAUUGGUCCACAUGUUUGACAAACUGUCAAGAAACCAUUUAAUACAGCCCAUGCAGCUCGGUAUGGAUGGGACAAUGACAGAGAUGACUACAGAGGAUCUCCAUAAACUGACCAACAAGCCAUUGCUCCAGUCAGAAGACCCUCCUAAUUUAGACAGUGAGGAUGAAAACUGAAGAAGGAAACGAAUUCCAUCCAUGACAAUCCUAAAAAAAUCUGUGUCACUAUUUAAGCGAUUCAUAUAUCAUAAGUAUAAUUUUGUUGCAUUUUACCCAAUUUAAUUGGAGAGGAAAGAAAAUGUUAAUUUGUUUAGUAAAUAUCAGAAACGGGUACACAAGAAGCCACUUAAAUGAUCAUAAACUCAACUACAGAAUUCAGAUAAUUUUACAAGGAUGAUUAUUUUAAUAGGAAUAGUUUUUUCAUCCAAGAUGUUUAUGUUCAAUAAAAUAUAAAAAUGUAAUUACUAGGUUGUGUUAUGAAGCACUUAACUGACAACAAGUGGAAGAGAAAAUUCCUUAAACACUUUAUAUAAGGGAAAGAUGUCAGGGGACAAUGUAGCUAGCAAGCAUCAGAUGGUCGUUUGUAUGGCUGUGGGCAUGAUCAACAGGAAGUGAGUGAAGUCAGGGGAGAGGUUUAGAUGGUGGAAGCUGAAGAAGGAAGAAUGAUGUGCAGUGUUCAAGGCUGAGUUGAUACAGGUGGUAGGAAGUGUUGCUAGUUGACUGAGAAAGCACAGCUGUAGUGGUGAGGGAAACUGGCAGAAGGGUAUUUGGAGAGAUUGAGUUAGAAAAGAUAUGAAGCAGGUUUGGGUGAGUAAAGAUAGUGAUGGAAAUGUAAUGAAGAGAAUGUGUUCAGGAAGGAGAAGCUCAUCAAUGAAGAAAACGAGAAAGGACAGAAGUCAGUUGGUGAAUCAGGAAGUGUAAAGGAUUAGAAAGGAGGAAGGAAAGGGCAGCUAUGAAGAGGAUGAAACAACGUACCUGUGGAGGUUUGGAGAUGGCAGGGAGAGAGGGCAGUAGACUGUUUAACACGAUCCUGGAUAGUGGUAGGAUGCCUGAGGGAUGGACAAGUAGCAUACAAGUCCUGAUUUCAAUAACAAGAGUAAUGUGCAGAGCUGUCCUAAGUACAGAUUGGUAAAGUUGAUGCCACCAUACCAUGAAAAUAUGGAAAAGAGUUGUUGAAGCUGGGCUGAGAGGAGAUGUGGCAGCAAGGACCAGUACAGCUUCAUACAGAGAGCACUACAGAUGCAAUAUUUUAUUUCUUUAGAGUUUUGAUGAAGUAUGGAGCAGGUAAGAUGGAGCUGCACUGUGUGUUUGUGGCUCUGAAGAAAGCAUAAGACGCAGUGUGAAGAGGCACACAGGAGUGGUAGGGAAGGUGUGCAGUAUUAGUGUAAGAUGGGUUCAAGGUGGGGAUUGCAUUAGGGAUCUACAGUCCACAGAGGCCAGGCAGCAGUCUCUGUGGACUAUGACAUUAUGAGAGAACGGAGAGCAGAUGGAAGGUAACCUGGAGAUGUGGAGGUAUGCUCUGGAGAGAGAGAGAGAGAGAGAGAGAUUGCGAGGGAGACAAGUGAUCCUGCAAGGAGCAGAGGUACUAUAGGUAAAUGAGUUUAAAUAAUUGGGAUAAACACCCCACAGUGUAUGAGAGGUGAAGAAGAGAGUCAAGGCAGGGUGGAGUGAGUGGAGAUGAGUGUCAGGGGUGAUUUGUGAGAGACACAUGGCAGCAAGAGAGCAAGGUUUAGAUGGUAAGGAGACCUCUUAUGAUAUAUGACUUGUAGAGGGUGGCACCUACUAAAAAAAGCAGGAGGCGCAGCUGUUUUCAUUGUCAGUGACCAGCACGGACAAGAUCAGAAAAGAAUGCAUCAGAGGGACAGCUUAGGUUGAGCUUUUGGAAACAAAGUAGGCUGAGAUGGUGUGAGAGAUGUUAAGGAGGAGAGUAGAUCUAUUGGACAAAGGAUGUAUAAUAUGCUGCUGCCAGGCAGGAGGAAAAGACAGAGAGGAGAAUCAUGGAUGUAGUGAAGGAGGACAUGCAGAGGGUUGGUGUGCCAGAGGAGGAUACUAAGUGAGAAGGAGGCAGAUGGCGACUGUGAUGACGUCAAAGUAGAGGAGCAGAGAAAAAGAAGGAAUAUGUGGGAAGCAUAUGAAAUGAGGAAUGAUUGGAUUCAAGUUAUAUGUAGGUUUUGCUGUUUUUUUAGGGAUCAAUUUUUUUAGGAUACUGUAUUUAUCUUAGUCGGCUCCUAAAUAUCAAAGAAUUAUCUUCCUUCCUCUCAGAGAUCUUCCUUCUUAUUUGCACCAGGACCCAUCUGAACCCAUCACAAUCAGUAGACUUUUGUAUAUGAAAAAAAGUGAUGAAAAAAAGGUUCAAAUUAUAAGUCUUCAAAAUACAUAUAGAUGGUUGGAUGUUUUACUUCAUUAUUUUCCAGCUUUUUUGAGCCCUCAUAAAUACAAGAUGCAGCCAUAAAUAUAUUUCUGAAUGCUCAUAAGUAUAACUAGCCACGUGAAACCUUCAGGGUUGAAAAACACAGAUAUCAGCUAUACAGUCAUUACAAGUUUGUUUCAACCAAACUGAAAACCUGCAGAUUUCAGGCAAAGAAAAUGUAACCAUUGUCCAAAUCAGAAAUAUUACUGUCAUGACAACGCAUGGUUCCCUGCAAUAGUUCUGAAUGUUUAGAAUGAAGAUGCCUAUUUAGAUUUCAUAAAGCUGAAAUUGUUUUGUUUUUUUCCUGACAAAUACUGGGUUCCACAUUGUGACUGUUGUUUACAGGUCACAGGGUAAUUUUUUUCGAGUAGAGACAUACUAUCUGCAGUCUCAUUCCCAUCCACUGCUGACUUUCCCUGAGCCUGGCUCUGCUAGAACCUCUACAUGUACAAAGGGUCCGUGAUUUGUUGUAAUUGAUUUGUUGACGUUGUGAGGUCUCCUACAAGUGCAAAGAAUUUGAUAUAAACUCAAAAGUAUCACAUAUUUUCCAGAACCUCCAUCCCAGUUAGUGCUACUCAUGACAAUCAAGAGACCUGUUGCAGAAAAACUGUCUUCAUAAUUAAAACUAGUCUCUCUUAUUUGAAGUUGAACAUUGUAGGAGAUUUUUACAGAACGCUCUUGCUCUUUGUGAGGACACGAUGUAUCGGUUUUUUCUUUAGAGCAGUAGAAUAGCAAAGUAUGAAAGUAAAAGAGCAGCUGUUCAAUUUUUGAUGGUGGACUCAGCUAUAUUUUUGAAAAAAUCUGAAUGACUUUUAGAUGCCCAUUCUUUUUAAUAAUGUCCUCCAGAUAUUUUAUUUUUAGACUUGAAAUGAACUGCAGACAUCAUCCUAUCAAUUAAAGGUGAAAUAUUCUAAUGCAGAGUGUAGUCUGAAACACUAUAUGUAUACUCCUUUCUAUUGUUCUUGUAUAGCUGAUAAUUUUAUCGUGGACUGCAAACUACAUUAAAUGUGUUUAAAUGACCAAAAGUUCUCACAUCUUCAUUCUCUUGUGGUUAUUGUAAUAAUUUCAAGUAAAAAGAGGGAGGAGAUAAUUGAAUUGACCGCUCAAGAAGAUGGUGGAAGGGUGCAGAUGAUGCUGGGUGCCAACCUGGAUGCAUGUCUUCAUGUGUCAGGCUCAAGCAGGGAGAGGCUCUGUGUGCUAUACACAGUAUAAAACUAUGAUUUCAUCCAGGGUUCAUCGUAACAAACAACACAACCAGUCUUUGUUGACGCAAACACUGAUGUGCUGCUGAUGUUUUUCUUUUAUUUCUUCAGAUGUUUUUGUUUCCUAGUUUGUCUUCUGCUUUUGUUCCAACAGCUACAGAUGAGGACAAAAUUAUUAGUUGCACUAUGAAAAUUUCAAAAGUAUUUCCCAAGAGCUGUUAAACAGAGCAUGGUAUUUGUAACACAGCUUUUUCAAAAGUCUUAUUAUGGAUGCUUACAUUAGUUUAGAAACAAAACUGCCAGGGUCAAAAUUAUUAGCCCUCCUGAUGCUAAUAGUCAGUUUUGUAUUGUUUUUGCUGGAUAACAGUCUGCAGUCAUUUGUUGUAGUUCUCAGCAAGACUCACAUGUCACCUGAUCAUUCUUCUUUGACAAAUCGCCUCCAGGUUUGAUGGUCUCCUGGCAUGAACCUUGGUCUUCACUUCCCCCGACAGAUUUUUCAAUAGGGUUCAAAUCAGGGCUUUGAGCAAGCCAGUCAAUAAUUCCCUUUGGUCUUCUGGAGAUCGUUCUUCAUCAGGAGAGAUGCAUAUUUUCAUCAUGCUGGCCAGAACCAGUUUUGUUGCUGACUGCUUGAGGUGCUUUUUCAAAUCUUCACAUAUCCUUCUUUCUUCAUUAGCCCUUCUGCCUUCAUAAGAUUCCCAGUUCCAGAUGAACUGAUGCAGCCCAACGAAUAAUACCUCCACCACUGUGCUUCGCUGUGGGGACAAUGUUCUUUGGGUUGUACCCCUCACCCUUCUUUCUCUGAACAUAAGCAGCAUCUUUAUGGCCAAUGAACUCUAGUUUAAUCUCAAAAGAAAAAGAAACACCUCCAGUCUGCAUAAUCUUUCUCCAGGUUGUCCUUAGCUUAUCAUCUUCUUUGAGACUACAAUCAAUCACCAGCUAAGUCAUUCACUAGCGAUACUGCAUUUAUUCUGUGGUCUUUAGACGCAUCUCUCUUUGAAUCUUGGUACUACUUUCUCAAUUGAGAGCUCAAACCUUUGGUGAAGUUUUUAUACGAUACAUAAAUUAGAAGAUAGCCCUCAGUUUUAACUUGAUGUUACAAGUUUUGCUAUGGUUCAUGGGCAGUGGACACAGUGUUAAGAACUUUGUAGGUUCAUGAUUUAUUUUUAGGUUUUGGAUGUGAUUUGUAGGUUCUAGUUCUCUGUUAUUUAUGUGUCUGGUUAUUAGUUCCUUGGUUUGAUGCUGUUAG